AUUUGAGACUCGAACGUGCUCGUUGUCAGUCGCUAGUUGGAAAAAAUUUAUAAAAAAAGUCCUGCAUAUAAAUUAAGGAUGCGUUUGCUUUGUCUGCUGCUGUUAACGCUUUGCGCUUGCGCCAGUUACUGGCCAGUCAAUGCUCUUGAGUGUUAUGAGUGCAUUGGUGAUGCUUGCAAUGAAUUGACUGAUGAUAAGCUGGUAAGCUGCAAUUUGGAUAACGAUGAUCAAGGCAAAACUACAACUGGCUCUCCAGACUCUACAACAGAUGCAGCUACAACUGAAUCAGGACCAACAGAGUCCGGUCCAACAGAAACAACUGCAAAGGAGUCCGAGCCAACGGAAACAACUGCAAAGGAGUCCGAGCCAACGGACACAACUGCAAAUGAAUCUGAGCCAACAGACACAACUCCAACGGAAUCUGAACCAACGGACACAACUCCAAAGGAAUCUGAACCAACGGAAAUUACUGCAACGGAGUCAGAGUCAACUGCAUCAGAUUCAACUGCAUCAGAUUCAACUGCAUCUGAGUCAACGGCAACUGAGCCAACGACGACUGAGCCAACGACGACAGAACCUUCAACACCAGCUUCAACUGAAUCCUCAACGUUGGCAGAUACAGACACAACAGCAACAGAAUCUGCAACAACGCCAACAGUUUCAACCGAGACUGAGCCAACGGAAAUAACGACCACAGUUGAACCCACCAUAACAACGGAAGAAGAAAAUGUAGCACCAACGGAUUCCAGUCGCAUUGUGGAAGCUGUGCGCUCUGGACGCGCGCGUCGCUCGCUGGCUGCACUGGCAACGGAUCAGCUGCUGAACAACUAUCGCUCCUAUGAGCUCUACGGUCGUGCCGUUGAAUAUCGCACAAGCGCCUGCUAUAAAAUUUUAGUAAACGGCGUCAUGCAACGCGGCUGCAUUCGAGUGCCGGAGGAGCAAAGCGCCUGCCAGGCUGUGCGUAUUAAGGUGGGUCUGCCUGAAGGUUCCACUGGCGACGAUGAAUGCGACGUUUGUCAAAUGGAUCGUUGCAAUGGCAGCGCCAGCCUGCGCAUAUCCUUGGGCUCACUGCUACUGCUGCUCGGACUUGGACUGCGGUCACUUUUCUAAAGCAAACAGUUGCACUUGUAUUAUAUACAUAAAUAUAACUGCUUAUAUAUAUAAAUACUGCAUU